AUGCUGAUGAUUCCUAGUGUGCUCAUGCGAAAAUGUUUGCUCAAGUUCAUUAUUAAAUCAUAUGCGUUGGACAGAAAAAGGUUCAUCAUGCCAUCAAAAAAUGGUGCGAUAUCAUUGCGCACCGAAGAUGUGUUUGACAUUUUCGGGCUACAGAACAAGGGCAAAGAUGCCAUGAAAGCGCUAGGAAAAGGGGGGUUAAAGGCGAAGGUGAAGGUGCCUAGUCGCUUUCUAGAUUCCAAUACGGGGGAAAUGAUGAUAGACGAGCUGAUUGAGAACAUCAUUGCCAGUGGCACGUACGAUGAUGAUUUUCUCCGUAGAAUUGUUCUGGUUCUUCUAGGCACGGUUCUUGCACCGCAGUCCACGAAAGAAGUUCCUAAUGCUUAUUACAAGCUUCACAAAGACCUUAUCAGAUCUUACAAAAUUUACUUGGCCGAUCGGAAACCUUGCCCUCCUACAGAAGAUGAGGCUAAGAAGCGUGACGCGUACGACACGUCAUACGGCCGUGGUAAUGGGACGAUUGAUGACGUGAUAAGUGAGAAGUAUAGGCAGACAUUAAUUGCUCAACAAGGAAGAAAGGCGGAGGAAGAAUUAGAGCAAGAAGAUCGUGCCCAAAAAAGAAAGAUAAUAGAGAUGAGGCUUCAUCGCGCAGGGAUAAUAGUAGUGGAGAAGCUGGAGAAGAAAGGUCUUGUAUUCAAGCCAAACAAGGGGUCUGAUGAUGACAUUGAGUUUGUGGAGCAUAGUGAAGACUGGGUGGGGAAGUAUGGUCCAUCAAAAUACAAAUCAUCAAAAUAUUGGACAGGUGUAAAAUCAACUCCUGCAAAAGAAGAUAUGGACAACAGGGUGGACGCAUCCUUCACCACUGGGAACUGGAAUAAAUUGGCGCGUGAGAAAGGUGUGCAUCACAACACACCUGGUACAGGAGAUGAAGGAGACCCCUUCGUUAUUGAGGACAAUGGUAAUUCACCCAACCCAUCUCUUGCGACGGUAGACACGAAUGACUUUCCGGCUAUUACUUCAACCCCCAAGAUUAUGAAUGAAGUGUCAGACGGGUCUAGCGCUGAUAAAUCUGAGGAGAUUAGUAUGGAUAGUCUGAACACCCGUAUUAAAAAUGCGAAAGAAAAUGGCACUCCGAAGAAUGAUGGGAAGGAGAAUGAUGGGAAACGCAAGAGGAAACAGUCAAAAUAUUGUCUUUCACCUUACCAGCAGAACGGUGGACGUCUGUUUGGUAUAAGAGCUGCUAUGAUUAAUACUGAUUACAUUAAUGAGGAUCACAUAGAGGCCGCGAAGGUUUAUAUCCGGACACUGGCAGACUCGGAGAAUCUUUGCAGCAAAACUGUCGUGCACAUGACGGGAAUUGGUGGGGAAACAUGUACACCUGAAAUGCUUGAAGCCAUCAUUUCGAAAAAGUGGUUGCAUGGCGGUGUCAUCAAUAGUUAUUGCAACCAUAUGCAGACCCAUAAUCCUCGUGCUGACCGUCACAUAUUAUCAUCUUGGGUGUCCCACUGGCUUAUUCUUCGUGCUGAUGGAAAGGUUAACAACUCUAAGAGGCAUUUUAUGGAUCACUUCACAAACCAAACUAAAAUGGUGUCUAGAGUUACUGAAGAGUAUUUCAUCAAAGAUAAGGCAUACUUUCCUUUUCAUGUGGAAGAAAAUCAUUGGAUAACAGUUCUUAUGCACAACAAGAAAAAAGAGUUUCAAGUUUUAAACUCUACUGGUAAAUGCAGCAAAAGAGUUCUUGCAAAGAUUGCUAAGCUGAGGGCAGAAAUAGCAAAUGAUACAAAGCAGGUGAAUGCUCUUAUUGAAACGGAACAUCCUGACGUAUCAUCCUGGCCAAUAAGGGAGUACGAUAUGCCGUCACAAACAGACGGAGUCUCUUGUGGUCUUUUCGUGGUGAAAUGCGUUCAAAACUGGGACGGAGAUGAUUGGACAUUUGAGUUUGAUCAAGAUGAGGUUAAUGCUUCAAGGGGACGCAUUCUAGCUGAAAUACUUUUUUCAGAGUGCAACACGAAGGAAGUAGUGAAAGAGAAGAUCCUCAAGAUCAUGGAGAAGAAAUGA